AAUGUCUUGGUACAAAUAAUUGGGUAAUUCUGUUAAAGAAUUACGAUUUGUGUUUUGCUAAUCUUGUGGUAGAUCGGAAGGAGUUAGGUACUAGUAUAGUAUUGAUUUAUAGGAAUCUUGUCACAAAAAAUUAUUGGCAAUGGAAAGAAGCAAAUCCAAAAUUUCCAUUUGUUGUGAGAGAGUGUGAAUCAAUCGAUCCAUAUAUUCUUGUCAGAUACAGUACUUAUAGAUUCUAAUGUUAGAGUAUGGAGUUGAAAAGAAAGCUUUGAUUGGAAACCUAAAUGAAGCAGAGUUAGAAUAAGUCUUAGGAUAACUUGUUGCUUAAUCUAAUAAAGUUAAUUCAACUAUUUGAAUAGAAGCAUAAUAAAUUAUAC